AUGGCAUCGUCAAAACGUUGCCCUCUCAAAGCUUGUGGGUUUGAAAACAACAAGGAGUCGUUCAUGACUGCAAAUGUUGCACAAAAUAUUCAGGAAGAGCCUGUGGAAACUUUUAAUAUAGAACAGAUCCAAGAGCUCAUUCCACAUCGAUAUCCUAUGCUAUUUGUGGAGCGUCUUGAGAUUAUAGAGCCUGGCGAAAAAGCAGUCGGAACGAAGUCUGUUUCUAUUAACGAGCCAUUUUUCCAAGGGCACUUUCCUGGGGCACCUGUUAUGCCUGGUGUUUUGGUUGUAGAAGCAUUGGCACAGACUGCAGGCGCUUUGGUGACACAUACAUUAGGGGGGCGUAAAGACGGACAAGUUGUUUACUUUAUGUCCAUUGAAAAUGCACGUUUUCGUAAGCCUGUGAUGCCUGGCUGCCAGCUGAAGCUUUGCGUUGAAAAAGCCCAUUCUCGGGGGAUGGUCUGGAAGUUUCAGGGGAAAGCAAUGGUGGAUGGAAAAGUUUAUGCGGAAGCUUUAUUCACAGCCAUGAUUUCCAACAAAAUUGAAUCUUAG